GGAUAUAUGCCUUUGGGCUAGAUGUGCCGUAGCGAAUCUUGAAUCGCUGUUUUAUCUAUUCAUGCUGAUUUCAAUUUGAAAAAAAAGUAACAUCAUUUUUUUAACAGUGAAAAUCGUUUGUUAGGUAAUAAUUUUGUACACGUGUGUUGGACAUUUAAACUACUUGAACACUAAUCAGUGGUAUUGUGAAGUCACUGAAAUGGAACAUUAAAAGCAUUUACAAGUCACUGGAUCGAACUUCACCCCCAGGGAUAGAUUGUAGGAGUGUGCCGGCCCAGUAUGGCACAAGUUAGCCCCGUGGGGCACGUUGCGACUGCGGAGGAAACGGGGCAGGCUAAAGUGAACGGGAGCGGAUCUAUAACUGAUUUAGACCAAUCUCAGAACUAUUAUCGUAAGGAGGAAAUGCCCGAAGCGUUUGAUGGAUUAUUAACUGAAUCAGAGGACAGACGCGAUGUCAGUAGCCAUGGCGGUUUGGGACAGUUGGUCAGCAGUGUGUCCACCACGGGGUCUUUCCCCCCCGCCCCUCGACUUUCUCACACACCGACCUCAGAUUUCCAGCCACCCUAUUUCCCCCCUCCUUAUAAUCUCCCAUCCCAACAAACAAUGGACUUUCACCACCCUCACUUCAAUGCGGACUCGUAUUCACAUUUGAGUAAUUUUCAUCAGCAAUCCCAGCAGCAUUAUCAUCAACUUCACCCCCCGGAACGAAAUGUGCUACGCUACAAAGAGGAACCCUUCCAUAAUAUGCACCCCGGACUUACACCACCCCACUCAGACUACGGUGGGAUCCGCCGUCCGGAUAUUCUUAUGUCCGGGGGACACCCAUUAGGAUUUGGUGAUCAGAAUACAAACUUGUUAAAUAUUCACCCCUCAGCGGGAUUGCCGGGAAUUGAAGACGGAAUUCACCAGGGGGCAAUAGAUGAAUCCGGUAACUACAUAUCUACCGAUCACAACGGGGUCAUAAGAAAGGGUAUCAGACCCAAAAAUGACAACAGUAAAGAUUUGGUGAUUUCAGGGAUCACCUCGCCGGGGGAUGUCUUCUGUUCGGUACCCGGCCGACUGUCCCUCCUCAGCAGUACCUCAAAAUACAAGGUGACGGUCGCGGAGGUUCAGAGACGAUUGUCCCCACCGGAAUGCCUCAACGCUUCACUACUGGGCGGGGUGCUCCGAAGAGCAAAAUCCAAAAAUGGUGGACGAUCGCUCAGAGACAAAUUAGACAAGAUAGGACUAAGUCUUCCAGCCGGGCGCAGGAAGGCGGCCAACGUCACGCUGCUGACGUCACUAGUAGAGGGUGAGUCUGUUCGUCUUGCCCGUGACUAUGGGUAUCUUUGUGAGACUGAGUUCCCUGCUCGCCAGUGUGCUGAAUACAAUGCCAGACAGUACAGCAGUGAUCCUACAGACCAGAUGGCCCGCAAAAACAUGAUCUUAGCCACAAAACAAAUCCUGAAGGAAUUCAUGGACUUGUUGAACCAAGACCGCUCUCCGCUCGGCAACACGAGACCCCAGCCUAUCCUGGAGCCGGGGAUUCAGAGACAUUUAACUCAUUUUAGUUUAAUUACUCAUGGUUUUGGAUCGCCAGCCGUAGUGGCUUCUCUGACGGCCGUGCAGGCCUAUCUUAAUGAAAUGUUGAAAAUAUUGGACAAAUCCUACUCGACAGGAACCGCCCAGGUGCAGGGCCAGCAGAUGGAAAAUGGUGUAAAACCUAAACUGUCGGAAAAGGAUGAAAACCGACGAGAAUGAUUGUCGUGUGUUUGUGCAGGCGACACACGGGACGGACGCAGUCUAUAUCAAAAGUGCUGACUGGUUCCUGGCAGUGGAAUCGGUUUUAUCUGACUAGAGCCUCCAUUGGUCAACCCUUAUAGUGAAGGAACCAACGAGGCAUACAUUUUGUUCAAAUUAUCAGGGUCAUAACUUUAUAUACAUAUAGAUUAAGAUUAGAUGUAACGAUUUUCAUAAGAAAUCCAUCUGUCUUUCUAAAACAAAGGAAACGUUCUUUGGGCAAUAAAUUUUCUAAAACAUGUCUUGAGAGCAGCGACACAGAAGGACACAACAAGAGCGAUUUAUCACCCAGUGUUUUUUGUUCACGUUAUUUCCUUCGUGAGAAACCUAUGUCACAGUAGACAAUUUACUGACUGACUUCUAAAGAAAGAAAAAAUCAAAACAAAGAAAUACAUACAGACUAAAUCAACCUUAGUGGACUUCAGAAUCUGAAGAUUUCUGCUGCAAUACUGAACUGCUCUUAUUAUUUUAAGAUUUAGCAUUAUAUCAAUAUGAAUGAGCAUUAUGUUACUGGUUCUAGUCUUUUGAUUUUUGUUUGUUUUAUUUUAAUGAAUCUCACAAGAAGUAUAUGUUUACUUAUAACAUAAUAUUGAUGCUAUUAUUUUGUGUAAAUAUUUUGAGGAAAUACUCGUUAUUGAGAGAAAGAGAGAGUGUUAGUGAGUGUGAUUUACAUAUUAAUUCCAGAUGACACCUACGUCACCACUGCAUUCCUUACCGCCAUUGUCUUGAGACCAAAUUUGUGUGAAGAAGGAACAUGUUUAUGUGUAACCAAGUGUAAGUGUGUGUGAAUGAGAGAAUUUUCCAGUUUGGAGUACAUAUAAAGAAUAUCAUAUUGUACAAGCGGUCAAGGAAUUCAUGAAAAUAAAUUAAAAUACACAAAACUACAAA